AUGGAACAAAAUAUUGAACUCGCUAAGGGAUUCUGCACAAAAGCUGGAGCACAUUCAAAAUGGGAAAACAUUUCUGUAGAGCUGAAUAGCUUAGGGCCGCCAGAACGUACUUCAGAGAAGUGGCAAAGAGUAUGGGUCGACCUUAAAUGCAAAACAAAGAAGAAGAAAACUGAAAACAAAAUCGAAAUAUCAGCCACUGGUGGUGGUCCAAAUAGACUUCACCACUUCAGCGAUAUGGAAGAAGCUGUUGUAAGUUUAUUGGAUCUAAAUACAUGUGUUAAUCCACCCGGAAGAGAAUUUGGUUUGGAAACUAUUAACACCUCAGAUGAAAAUGAUUUAUUGACUGAAGAACACGCGUAUAAACGAUCAACCCAUCAGAUUGACCCGGAUCCAGUUGAAGUUGUUGAUCAACAGCAAAAAAAACCUCUUCAUAUUUUUGUCUGGUCCUAUGAUCUGCGCCUAUGA